GGUUUUAUUUAUUCCAAACUUAACCUCAAAAAUUUUCUUGUUACGGCUCUUCCUACCGACUCGCUAAUUUUCCGUAGUUGUGGAAUUCUUUAUUGCCUUUUUUAUUCUGAAUAAGUUUACAAUUUUUGCGAAAUUUUAUAAUCAGUUUUUUAAAUUUUCCAUAUGCCUCAGCCAAUGAAUUUAGCUCCGCUCUACCAGAGUGUCGAACCAAUGCAAGUAGAUGCACCUCCAGAAGACAAUGAUAAUACAGAGGAACCUGCCUAUAUAGUCGAGAAUCCAAGUAUUGAUCUAGAGUGGUAUGCCAACUGUUAUUCAGGGUUAGCAAAACUGUAUAGGCUUCUUUACAUCGCUGAUCACUGUCCAUCCUUGCGCCAGGAAGCUCUAAAAAUGGCAAUAAAUUAUGUUCAAGGAACUUAUAAUGUGUAUUUAUAUCAAUUGUUUCACAAGAAAUUACAAGACAGUUUAGCUUCCUCAGCUCUUCCAGAUGUAACUGGUGGUAGCGUGAAUAUUCAAGACAUCCCUACGCUGGAUCCUCAAUGGAUCGAACAGAAAACGAAAAAAGCUGCUUUAAAAUUAGAAAAGUUAGACUCUGACCUCAAAAAUUACAAGAGUAAUUCAAUCAAAGAAUCGAUAAGGCGAGGUCAUGACGAUCUUGGUGAUCAUUACCUUGACUGUGGUGACCUCUCCAAUGCCCUUAAGUGUUAUUCUAGAGCCCGCGACUAUUGCACAAGUGGCAAGCAUGUUGUUAAUAUGUGUUUAAAUGUCAUUAAAGUUAGUGUUUACCUGCAAAAUUGGACCCAUGUUCUGAAUUUUGUAAAUAAAGCUGAAUCAACGCCAGACUUCUCUGAAGGCAAAGACGGAACUCAGGCAAUUCUUACACGGCUGAAAUGCGCAGCAGGUUUGGCAGAACUGGCAACGAAACGCUACAAGAGUGCUGCUAAGUAUUUUCUGCAGGCUUCGUUUGAUCAUUGCGAUUUUCCGGAGCUGCUAUCACCGAACAAUGUUGCCAUGUAUGGUGGCUUGUGUGCACUGGCCUCUUACGACCGUUCGGAGCUACAGAAGAAUGUUAUUUUCUCAAGUUCCUUCAAGUUGUUCCUUGAGCUGGAGCCUCAGCUGCGUGAUGUGAUUUUUAAGUUUUAUGAAUCUAAGUAUGCGUCUUGUCUAAAACUUCUGGAUGAAAUGAAAGACAACCUCUGCCUGGACAUGUAUCUUGCACCACAUGUCAAUAAUCUCUACACACAAGUCCGCAACCGUGCUCUUAUUCAAUAUUUUAGUCCUUAUUUAUCUGCUGACAUGCAUAAAAUGGCUGCUUCCCUCAACACAACGGUUGGAGAGCUGGAAGAUGAAUUGAUGCAGCUCAUAUUAGAUGGACAGAUCGAAGCACGGAUUGACUCGCAGAAUAAGAUUCUAUUUUCAAAAGAUGUUGAUCAGAGGAGUAGCACUUUUUUAAAAUCUAUGAAUAUGGGGAAAGAAUGUCAAAGGCGCACCGCUAUGCUAAUCUUGCGAGCUGGAACUCUCAAGUCUCAACUUCACGUCAAGUGUCCUACGCGGGAACCUUGUGCGGAAAUGUCAAUUGCACCCGGGAACAGUACCAAUACACCUCGCUCAUAAAACUUUCAUCAGAUUAUUUCCUUUAUUCAUCACCUCUCCAGGUCUAUAAAUUUCCAGGUGACCCUCAUUCCUCAGCAUGAACUUUUUGAGCAAAGGUCACUCUUCAAACACAAAAAGUUACAUUGUAUCUCUCCAAUUUGAGCUUUUUUAAUCCACCGUUAAUAGCUUGGAAUACUUAAUCCAUUAUCUCUAUCUAUUAUACUACAUCUUUUCCACAUUGUGAAUAACUGUGAAAUUUGUAAAAAAAGAAAAAAAAUGAGAAAUGA